AUGAAACGCUGCACGGCUGCGCUGCCGACCACGCGCAGCUGGCAAGCGAGGCGAUGGGCAUCGCAUGAUCGAUCCACGUUGACCCCCGAAGCUCUGCUCGAGCAAGUCCAGGCCGGCCUUGACGAGGACACAAAGGUCAUUCCAGAACAGAAAAAGGUAUCGACUCCGGCAGGGGAGCUUCCCAUAUCGCCUGUCUUCGAUCCCGCAUGGAUCAAAUCGCGACGGCGCGAACGCAAGCCAGCUGGCGCGCCGGUCUCUGGGCGGUUCAGGAAGAAGCUGGUAUCAAACCCAUAUGAUCAGACGGAGACCCAGGGCAGCAUUUGCAAGAGGGGGAGCAAACCCUCGCAGAGGGAGAGCCACACGGAAGAGCCGAACAAUCGUUUCAGGGAGGACGAAAAUCCGAAGACGGUGACGCCGUGGAGGUCCGUGACGAUGCGGAAGCAAACAAAAACGAGACGAGAGCUGCCCCUGACAAUCAUCGUGCCCCGCGAGCACCCCUUACCGCGUACAUGUGGCACAGCAACGUCAGCAAAGCAAGGCAAAACCGUCUGGCGAAAUGACAUGGGCGACUUUGUGCUGGACAAGAUGCGGCGCGUGGUUGUGGACGCGCUCCUUGCGCGGUCUGACAAAAACUUUGGUCCCCAGACUAAGUUUAUGGAUGACGGCCACGCCGUGGAUGACGCAAGUGCCGCUGCGUUGUCAUCAACGACGUCCGAGUUUGCGACCUUUGAUGUUGAUGGAGCCAAGUAUGGCAGCAAGAUGGCCGUGCAUGAUUUGUACUGGCUUCUGGGGACGACAGAAGUGGCAAAGUUGAAGGAACGCAGACCGCACCUGUUCGACGAGCAUGGCUUGGUUGUCCUGAAGGGAGGACGGCGGAUGGAGAUUACGACCAAGAUGGACGUCAAAUAUUCCGAGAUGAGGACCAUCGACUCAUGGUGGAGUCAGCUGUAG